UCCGUUGAUACGCAGACAAUUCAUUAAUUACUGCAUGAGCCAAAUAUGGUGAUUGCAUGACACGAUACUAAAUAUCACCCUGUUUGUCCCUGCUUGACAUAUGGCGGACGAAGGCAGUUCUUGUAAACAUCAUGUACUUCGUGUUAUCGAUAUACUCGUUGGUUGUAUUUUUAUUGCACCUUUAGUGGUGCUAUACUGGCGAACUACAUGGAAACUAAUGGAUAUCUACGUCUUCCCAUCACAUUCUGACAUUAGCGGUAUUAUAUGCACUGUAGUUGGUUUCACAGUAUCGUUCAUUAUUGUCAUAAUCCACCCACAAAUAACAUACAAGACGACUUUAUCGCGAAUUAUCUGGAGGGCUUCGGUCUACUUGAUGUCACUUAGUUGUAUUUCCUUUUGGCGAGGUAUUUGGUUAAUACUUGAUCACACUACGACUAUGACAUGGAUGAGCUACCUUGUAUGUCAUAGCAUAGCCUUUGCAAUACUAUCAGCGACGAAGACUGUAAGUUCCAUCGUAUCACCACCAGGUUUCUUAAUAAAUGAUUUUUAUGUCGAUUCCCCAACCAUAAAAACAGUUGGAUUUAAGAACAAUGAAAACAGAAUUGGUAAAACGAUAUGUAAUGGUGUGUUGACGGUAAUGGUGGUAGGUACGUUAGUAGUAACCUAUUGGAGGGGUACUUGGUCAAUAUUGGACUAUAUUACUGUUGGCAUAAGCGGUCUUAAUAACAGUAUACUAUCGUUUAGUGUCGGUUGUGGGGUUUGUAUUAUCGGUUAUAUAACAGCUGAACCUUUAAAAACAAAAGCAAGAAACGUGUCCAGCGGUACGGCUGUUUUAAUGGAACAUGUCUUCGUGUACUUUCUUGGAGUAUCUGUUGUCAAUGUGUGGAGGGGAGUCUGGAGUAUGUGUGACAUCCUUAUUUUACAAGGAAAUCCAGCACCCAAAACUAUCAUAACACAUUUCCUGACAUUGUUGAUGAUGUACUUUGGACAAGCAGCAUAUAACCUGAUUGGGUCUCCUAUCGGAUGUAGGACUCAUGACACGGAAUCAUUUGAAGGAUUUUCCAUGGGAAGUUUUCUCAAAACACAACCCUAACCCUCGAGCCGGUCUCUUCUGCUUGUUAUCAACGAGAGGCCUGAGCACAAAAAAAGCUAUUUAAAAAAUUACAAUAUUGAAAUAUAUCUAUGUAGUUUAUUGUA